GACCUCAUCAAACGCAGCUCUGAUUUCGUAUCAACGGCCGCGCUUCGUAUUUGCGACAUGCACUCUGCAGAUUACCCGAUAACUCCUGCUUUCGUCACAAAUGUGUUAAGACUGGCGCUUCCCUUCACGAAACAGUCACUGGCAGUUUUCGCAACUCUCUGCGGCCGAGAGGACGCUGCCGCAUUCCUACAGCAUUAUCGCGACUCCGGCGAAGAAGGACCAGCGUCAGGCCAGACGCAAUCCACGCUGCAUACCGUCACCACACCUCUGGCGCGACAGGCAUGCAUCCUGGACAACCUAGCCCCGAAGACGACGACGGAUCCGGCCGCUUCCCGUGGCAAUGGUUCACGUCGCUUUACACGAACGAGCACCAUCGAUCGCCUCGGCGUGACCUCUCACCGUUGGACAAGAAGCUUUUGUUUCUCGUCGGUUUCUGUGCGGCUUUCGCAGUCGCGGCCGUAUCGGAAUUCGCCCAUCAGCGUAGUUCGCCAAAGCUGCCGCUGGCGUUGCGGUCGCCGCCCUGGACCUUCUGGCGACAACGGAAGCACGACAACGGGAUGCCGCGCAUCUUGCUCUGGAACCGCGCCACGGGGCCGCACUCCAACGCCGCUGACGUCGUGGAGAGUCGGCCGUCGUCGUGGUGGUCCAACGUGACCUCAUGCCCGUCCAGUAGUCCUGCGGGCGACGAACGCUCGGUAUCGUGCGAGAUCACGGACAAUCGCGCCCGUCUCGUAUGGAGCGACGCCGUCGUGUUCGAGGCGGAGCGGCUCAGUGCCGCAGACGUGCCGAGUCAUCGCGUCGACUUCCAGACGUGGGUCCUCUGGACGCAGAGCCACGUCUCUCCCGUGGGUGGGUCGUCGCUCCACGAAUCGCGGGCCGUCGAAGCUCGCGGCCACUAUCACCCGGAGAUCGGCGCGAAGUUCGACUGGACCAUGGGUCGCUGGCAACGUGCCGACGUCGUGACGCCUUACAAGUCCUGGCGCUGCGGCGACGUCUUGCCCGGAGGCGCGACCACGGUGGCCGACACUAAUCGGCGCAACCGCGAAGCUCUCGGCCGCUCCGCUGGAGCGCGUAAGGACGCUGCCUGGAUCGUCGGCCAGCGUGAGUGGGACAUGUGGCGGGAGAUCGGCGUCGUCGGUCUCGGUGGAGCGGACUUGGAACGCGAAUUCGUGAGCGUCGACCUCGUGCCCGAUUGCGGACGUUCGAGCUGCGGGUCCCGGCGGGAGUGCCUGCGACAGAUCGCCGCCAACUAUCGCUUCGUCAUCGUCACGAUGGAACCCGACUGCUUCCACAGCCCGUACGAGCUGAUCUACGACGCGUUCGAGCACGACCUCGUUCCGAUCGUGCUGGCGUCGCCCCUGGCGACGAUCGAGGUCCCGCGGCUCUCCGUGGUGUCCUCGGGCAAGUUCGAGCUGCUGGGCACGUUGGCCGCGUUUCUGCGCUUCCUGGCGACCAAUCGCGUCGAGUACGAGCGGUACUUCGCCUGGAAGGAAUCCUGCUCCGUGAUUUCCUCGGACGACCUCUGCCCGCUCUGCCUCGCUCUCAACGACAAGUCCUUUAACGGGCAACGUCCACCCAUCUUUCGCCACCCGUGGAUUGAACGCAGUGAGGAUGCCCCCAGAGAUCGCAAUCGGCGUCCGCGUGGCUUAGACUGGGCCUUUUACGGCUCCGAAAAUGCGUAUCUCUAUCGGCCCUAAGGUGCCAUUGGCGUACUAAACCAACAAAACUUCGUAGCUUUGUAGCGCUCGGCCUUUCUGCAUUGAGCGUGUCGUGUUCGCCUGUUAGUAUACGUGCUCGCACCUCUUUAUACACUGUACAUAUAUGCACAGACGUAGCGCAGUCAGCUACAGUGAAUUAAGCUCCAGCGACGUGCCAAUGUUAAAGCCAUAGAGUGCUAGCUGCGUGCGCCGUGAGACAAGAAAUGGCUGGCUGGGGACAUUGCUGGCUUUUUCUUUGCUCGUCAUGUAGCGAGCGACGCCCGCUACUAAUCAACACGUUCAAGCCACGCCUCCAUCAACCACAUUUUUUCGUGCAAUUUAGCGUCCCCUUUUCUUUUUUGUUCGACUACCUUUCUUUCGUUUACUGGCGACUGCACUUUCUUUCUUCAUAUUUUACGACACAAAAUGCUCCUUUCACUGUAAACGAAUACCACUACAGAGGCUGAAUAAACGUUCCGGAGUUAUCUGCGGUCA